UAUUGAUAUGCACAAGGUAGGGACAUGUAUAGUACAGGUGUCAUUAGCCUAUAGGAUAUGCCAAUGACAAGUUGUUACCAGGGUACAAAGGCUUAUUUGCCAUGGAUGAAUAAUGGCAACCAAUCAGGCUCUGACCUCAGAGAGAUUCAAGCGUUACUGUACAAGACUAGGAAGUGGACACUUUGUGACGUACACAUGUAUGAAAACAUCCCCGUAUAGUGUACCAGUAUAUGUCAGCUGCCUACACAUGUACAGUGUAUGUACAUGUACAUGUAUGGUCAAACUGUCUUUUCCAGGCUUCGUUGGGUGACCCUUUCCACUCCCCAGUACGGCACCCAGUUUUGGGCGAGUGACAUCCUUGUCCUUUCCCACCCUGUAAGGAUGCUGUUGCGGCAAAUCAAGAUGGUGCUGAAACGCGUGGCAUUCAGUGUCAGGCCAAGCUUCCAGCUGGUCGUGAUCAUCCUGAGUGUGCUCCUCGUUGUGUGGGUGCUGGUUUUGCUACAGAGGCCCCUAGAUACCAUGGUGUCCAGCAAAAAUGAGAAAAUAGAAGUGCCAAGGCCCUUGGAAUAUGCACGCACAAACCCAUAUGACACACAAAUAGAAACUGUUUACAAGCAAGGAUUUCUAGGAUACAACACAUCGAGAAUACCAGCCCUGGUGUAUCAUCAGGGCUACUUCCUAGCAUUCUGUGAGGCCCGGAAGGAAACCUACAGGGACAUAGGAGGCAUGGAUCUGGUGGUCCGACGAGGCAGGCAGAGCGGCUGGAAGGUGAAGUGGGAACAAGUCGUCGUGGUCGCCAGUAAAGCUGGCCACAGACUGAUGAACCCCUGUCCCAUCGUGGACAGAGACCUAGAAGCCAUUGUUGUUGUCUUCAUUGCCAUUCCCGCCCACCUGAACCAGUGGACCAUGGUCGAAAUGGGCUUUAUACAACAGCAGGUCAUGGUUACCAGGAGUUUUGACAAUGGGCAGACGUGGACCUUUCCCCGUGACAUCACAGACAGCACCAUUGGCAAGAUGCACAUCCAACCAGGAAUAUACGCCCCAGGUCCUGGCCACGGUAUACAAACAUCCUCAGGGAAACUCAUCGUUCCAGGCAACUAUUUUGUAAAAGACACCUAUGGCUCAGCGCUCAAAUUUGAAGAAAAUAUCCAUGACAGCGCCAAUUACGCCAACGUAUUAAUCAGCAUGGACGGUGGCAUCUCGUGGAGCCUAGGGGGCAGUAUACCCUACGGAACGGACUUGUCUGGUUGGACCGUUCACAGUAAUGAGGCCAUGGUGGUCGAGCUUAAAGAAGGGGUUCUAAUGCUGAAUAGCAGAACCUUGCAUCCAGACCAACCUCGUGUGCAAUCCCGAAGCAACAAUGAGGGUUAUUCCUUCUUUGCAGGAAAUCUUGUACCCGAGCUCAUCGAGCCAGGAUACAAAGUGGUUGACAACCAGUCGCUGGCCUCCAGAAUAGGAGGGUGCCAGGCUAGUCUCAUUGGCUUCCCUGCACCUAACUCUGCAAGUAUACCAAACACCUGGUUAGCUUUCUCAAAUCCGGCAUCCAUGUACCGUGAACGCAUGUCGGUCCGGCUAAGCCGAGACGGCGGCAAGACAUACUCCAGCCCCUGGACGAUAUACCAGGGUCCUUCCGCCUACUCGGACCUGACAUACUUUGAGAUAGAGGACCCAGACACGGGACUGAAACUGCAGAACUUUGCCCUUCUCUUCGAAGGUGGCAUAGAUGGUCCCUAUGAGAGGAUCAUGUUUAAAAUGUUCAACCUGGAUGCUCUCCAGUCCAUGGUCCAUAGGACGGUCAGACAACACCGGAAUGAGGUGGAUUGGAACAACAGUGUUUGAUGUUUGAUUCCAUUUGUUCAACCAGACUCACCUUCAAAAUAAUGUCUGAUACUUUGCCCAAUAUGCAUUUGUACUGGCUGCUGUGGACAAAACUGGAACUGUAACGUUGACUAGAUUAUUUGCGGAUGGAGAGAUACAUUCAUGGAUCAGGCCAUUGGCGUCUGCGCCAUCCUCAGCCCUGUGCCGAACUACCCCAUCGUCAGCAGAGGAGAGAGAAGCUGGCAUGGAGUGUUUCAACCAGGCACCCUGGGCGCAUGCAACCACUGUACAUUCCAGCCGAAACCAUUUCCGCGUCCCCCCUGCGCAGCUCUUGUCGAGUGCACUUGAACCCUUGCAGGCACACAAUGUGCUCUCACCAAAGGGACACCGUUGCCGUAAUAAGGCACAUCAUCUCCUUGUCACUCACAGUGUAGAUAGGAUUUUUCUCAUGGAUGCACCUUGGUAUCUUAGUCUGAAGAGCGCGGUUUUCCGGAGUGGCCAUGAUUGGAAGACCAGCAAGAUUUCACCCUUUUUAUACUGUGGUGUAGCCUCUCAUUGUUGGUGUAUUCACAUGAAAUAAGAAGGAAAGUAUUACAUUGAGAUCUCGUGUGGAAAUACCAAUAAGGAUAAAAUCAGGGUUGAAAAAAAUCAGGGCUGCAGACAUUUUCAACUCUUUACAUCCAUUGAUUACCGUAGUCCCUAACCAUUGAAUCCAAUAAAGUCAAGCACUGGGAUAUGUGAUGGAAUGAGUAUAGCCAAACACAGGGACCAUAUAGACCCCUUCCAGUUGGUACUCAGUAAUAGUCCCUUAACAUGGCAGAGAACCACUUAAAAAUGUGACGUACUAUCCCCUCCAUGGGGGAUCUAUAUGUCGGCGAAUCUACAUGUAUAUCGAGGAAAGAUCCACAGUAAAUGUUUUUUGGGGAGGGGGAUCAAACAGUUCUUCAGCCUGAGGUAAUUCAAUGGUUCCUGGGGUGUCAUGCUAAAGUUUUGGCCAGUUUACUGAGGGGGUGGGGUUAAAGUGCCAUUGGUGCAAAAAGGGGGGUCAUACGCCCCUCUUGAACUGCCAGUGCUCGAUGCAGGACAACUACAGGAAAAAAGUGAUAGAUGUUUGUCACGUCCCUCCUCCAAACCUGCACGUGGCCCUGGAAGUCCCCACUUCGCAGUGGUUUUUGGUACAUGUAAUUCUGUUACUUGUCCCUUGAAAUUUUAUUAACUGAAAAUGUUUUUAAAGAGAAUAAGGGAAGAAUCGUUAGCAAUAUGUGAACUUCCCAGGACAGCAUCUAACUCAGUAAUACCAGUCUUUCAUGUUUACACAACGUUUGUUGAGGUAAACAACAGUUGAUCAACAACAGAUGUGAUCAUUCAGGAAGUGCAUACACGCAGUUCACCAUCUUGCACGCGGAAAUCUAUUUUUCGAGUUGCGUUUUGAUUUCUGAGACUAGAUGUAUAUAGAAGGUUCUCUCACAGAGGAAUAUUUAAAUUCAAUUUAUCAUUUGUUUUUAACAUUUUUGAUUUCCUUUUAUCCACUGUAUUUUGUGAAAAUUGCUGCUUUUAAUGCAGGUUUGUUUUUAACCCUAAUUCCCUUGACCGUGUGAAAUCUUAUAAGAGUCGGUGUUCUCAUCAAAGCAGCACUCAUUCGUGUGUGUAUGAUUCCCCAUCAGCAGUACAUCUUAAACUGGUAGGUCACAGUGUAAACGGCUGAUGGUAUCGUCAUCAAGCUCCAUAAGGCCAGGGCCACUGUGGGGAGACUCAUACAUAGGGCAGUCCAUGAUACGCUCUGAAGUCAGUUUCUCUCCACAGGCACAGCUUGGUGAUGCUUCUGCACCAAACUUAUGUAAGCAGCCUCUGGGUUUGUCUUGCUUAUAGUGUAAUUUGACCACCAGAAUUGGAAGCCAUUACUGCGGUGACACAACGCUCUUGGACAGGUGGUACGCGCACAUUACAUGCCCCUUCGUCCGAUAGGGUGUCGUGAUUUGCCAAACGCGUCUAGCUGAAGAACGUGCGUGUGAGUGCGGUGGCACUGCAGUUAAUUACGUCUAAUCAGAUUAGUCCAUUGAAGGCUCAGGAGUGAACAUCAGGCAUGUGAUGGAUGACUUAUUUGGUAGAACUAAGGCUAUUGAACCAGUGAGCUUGGUACAUAUGUAGAGACUGGUAUUGGGAGUCAUCCAUGCCUCCAGAGUGCUCGAUUACGUCCUUCAGUAUGCCCCUAACAAUCCCACCCAGCUGUUUGAGGGGUUCUCCAAGACCCAACACCCCCCCCCCAUGUUAAGUUGGGUCUUCAGAUUAGCACUAGAGUGCAUUUCUUAUGUGCCUUCAUCCACACCACAUAUGUAGUGGUAACUCUAAAUGUCAAAUGUGAUUUGCAUGCAGCAUUUAAUAAGUGUUCUUAAUUUUUACAGCUUAUCCGGUAGUUUACAGUAUUUGAUUGCAGUCGGUUUACACAAAGCUACAGUGUUUAAUGCAGGGGUGCGCAAUGUAUGUGUAUAUACAGUCGAAUCUCGUUAAUAAGAGGUCCUUUGGACAUGGCAAAUUUCUUUGUUAUAACAAGAACCCUUGUCUUAUCAGCAAUGAAAACAACGAAAAACAAAAGAUUAGGACCUAAAUUUGUCCUUGUUAUAAGCAGAAUCUUGCAUUAACAGUGCUCUUAUUAACAAGUUCGACUGUAGUUAGAUGUAGCGAUGCAUGUGCAGGUGCUGAAAUAUUAUGGUAUACAUGUACAUAUACUGUUUAUUCCAAUUGGAGUUGCCCUGUGGAAUGGAACAUUCCAUCUGCCAACUCAUGGAAUUGCUGUUUCCAUUGGACUUACAUGUUCAUUGUUGGUUUUAUACAAUGCCUGAAUAUAUCCGUGUAAUCUGUCCCACCUAAUAAAAUACCUGUCAGAAAUUCAGUUCGACAUCCAAAUUGGAACAUUAAUUUGCUAAUGGAAUAGAACUUCUGUCUUUGCAGUGCGUCUGCACCAUCCAUUAGGUCAACUAAUUCAAAUGACGCAGAUUUAUUCAGCACAUUGUAUAACAUUUAAUACUGUGUGUGAUACAACUUUCAUUCUAUUGCAAUUUUACAUGUUUCUUUUGUAUAUUUCGAACACCUUUAAAUACAUGUUUACACAUGGCCUUAUUUAUGAAUGCCCUCCUAUAAUCGGAUGUAGAAAUUGUAGUUUGUAACUAUAAAAUUAUUUGAAAUGCUCUGUACAUAAAGCUAGUCUUCAAGAUUCAAUUCCACCAAAUUUAAUUUCACAGUUGCUUGAAGUCACAAUCAACCAUUCUUGUGAAUAUGUGGGCACCAAAUCCAGGCCUGUGGAUUCUUAUUAAUCACUUUUUGAGCCAAUCAUGUUAGUUCAGAUUAUGCAUUUGGGAAAAACUUUUCUGUUGGAAGAGAAAAGGAGACACUUCUUCUCAUAAAUCUGUAAUAUAUUUUGGAUAAAUUGUUUUCCCUCACAUUGUCAGAUUGUACCAUAUGUAUGCAGUGCGGAUGAGUGAUUGUUGAAAUUUUUAUAGUGCCAUUUUUCCUUCAUGUCUACACCACUAAAAAGUUAAUGAAAAUGAUACGCUAUCAAUGAUUUAGGACGACACUGCACAACAUUCCAUUCAAAUCAUGGCGUUAUUUUAUUUGGGAAGGUUCAACAGUCUGGGAAGGCGUGACAGUCACUUGUGAGCACAACCAGAAUUCUGCAUGACAUCUGUCUGCUAAAGAUGUUUUUCUUUUUACUUGCUAUUUGUAAGGGCAGCCAUAUUUUGCAGAAAGUUUACGCCAUCAUGUUGAAGGGGGGAGGGAAUUUUCAUUAAGAAUUUAACAGCAGUAUUAACUUAUCGGCAUUAUUGGGCAUUUAAACUGUUAAAUGCCAAUGUACUUCAACUUUGUCCCCUCGUAACUAGUUCAAUAUAUGUAUUUGCUUGGCAGAGAAAAUUCUGAAAUUCACAAGCAUAGUAGAGCAACAAUAACAUUUGUUUUUCCCUUCAAAUUGUUAUCUUGCCACGGUGUAAUAGUGGCUUGCUGUGGCAAGAUAGUAGCUUGUGAAUGGAACAGCUGGCAUAUAUGCACAAAAACUGGAGCAAGUUUCCAGGGUCGCCAGUGACACAGAUCCUGAAUAUUUCACAUUCACAAUGAAUGCUGAAAUGGGACUGCAGCUUUUAUUCUCAAAAACACAUUUCAGUGCACCGAUCUGUACACUAAAUUUGUACUGUGUAAUAAAACUUGCAAAUUUACACGGCCAAUGGUCUACCCCAAGUUGUGGCUGCACAAAAAUUAAGUUUUCCAACGGUGGCAAAAUGCAUGCUAAUGCUGUUUGUGUUAUAAACAAAGUCAAUGUAUUCCUCAAGCAGUGCAUUAUGGGUAAGACCUACCUGUAAAUACAAAGUUAUCGGUGUCUUUGAUAAUGCAUAGUGUGAUAUUAAAUUUAACAAUUGUUGGAUCUCCUGACAACCCAACUCUGCGAAAAAUCUAUGGUGUUAAUUUGACACCCUGAGUGCCCAAAUAUGAAAAAUACUAGUCUAAUGUUAUUCUCUAUGUGGAUGGUGAAGGUGUCAAUUUUACACUGCAGUUUUUACACUACUAUCACAACUGUGAUAAAAUUGCAGGUCAGGUAGUCAAUACGGUCUAAAAACAUUGCAAUCUAGUAUGUAAAUGGCCAUCAUACGGUAAUGGCAACAGAUGUUUGAAUAAAAUGAAAGCAAAAAGU